AUAUCAGUAAUUUGCGGCUGGUAUGAUUCAACUUGACUUUCAACUAGAUUACAUAAUCCAGAAUGAUUUCCACUCAUUCUACAGCACAUACUCACUGAUCUGCCUCCUGUCCUCUGGAAGAUGACUGAUAUGACUUGCAGCUUUCCAAAAAAGCAAUCAGACACAUGAGAGUAAAACCCUGUUUCGUUUAUUGCGACCGUGCAGCGAUGUGGGUCAAAGAGCGCAGGAGAUGGUACGCUCCUGCCGGGCCCAUCAUGCAGAACCCCCAGCCAACACUUCGUUGUAGUGCAACUGAGAUGGAAACAGCUGCGCUGGGAAUUACAUCUAGGGCCAUGGAUCUGAGCUGUGCACAUCUUAACUCUCCAUGCGACAGGAUCUUCUUGCAGCAUAUUACUGACCCAGUACCUGACACAAGUCCCAGCCUCUCUGGUUCCAUCUUCUGUUGUCUCCUCCUGAUACAGGGAUAUCAGGUUUGUCAGCCUGAGGCUUUCGGGCACGGACUCAUCCAGGCUUUCGUUAUUUGUGAAACCAGCAAGACCUGCACACAUAAACCCAAGGCCAAAGGGUUUGGAUGUUCUUUUUUCUUUUUAAGUGACAUAAAAACAGAGAGCUGUCUCACUUUAUCACUCCACAAGAAUCCAUUACCUCACACUGACAUUCUAAAGAUGAACAUGUCAAGGGAUCCUACAGAAUUUACAUUAAAAAAAAAAAAGAAAUAUCAUUUCUAGACUCAGAUCUCCAAAGUUUACUGGCAGAUGUUGCAGCCCUAAAUAUGGAACCGGAGACAGGAAGAACGACAAGAGAAGAAAAAACAGGAAACGAGUUGAGCGGGGGGGACAUCAGGGAAGAUUGUGGGCAGAAGACAAAAAGGACAAAUGAAGGGCAGCAGUGGGGAUAACAGAAAGGGCAGAAGAAUCGGUACAUGGUGAAGACAAGGGAGAAAUGAAAAGAUGUGGAAAAGAAAGGAGGGACACAUCAUGGAAGGACGAAAAAAGCAAAAGGAAGGAUGAAAACAAAGAAUGAACGAAAGACACCAGGAAGAAAGAACAGAACAAGUGUCAAGAAAGUGGGAAAGGAUUAAACACAAAGUGGAGCAAAAGACAUGUUUUAGAAAAUGGGACAAAGAAUGCUGUGGCUUUUUUCCAUGUAUGUAGACCUGGGGGGAAAAACCAGGUCCAUAGUUUUUCUAGUUUACACGCAGGAACCCUUUUAACGAACAAAGAAGUGUUAUGAAGGUAAGAGUUUUCUAAAGUAUCCUGCUGGCUGCAGAUUACAUUUCCUUCUCUUGUUACAUGACCUCGGGCAGGACAGUGAUUCGCUGAGGAGCAGCUCGCGCUCUCUCCUCGUUGGCUGGCUUGUACACGUCAGCAGUCAAUAACUUGCAUCACCGUUCUGUCAUUCUCUUCCUGGUCUUAACGUGUUGACACUUCGCUCAGAGCUCGGGGCUCUUUCUGGGGGCGGCCGCCUGGGAAAAUGACUCGGUUUUCCAGCGGACAGACGGUAGUGUCGGAGAAAAAGGUUGAACUCGGCUUUUGAGAGAAAAAAGAAAACGUCACGCGACGGCUCGGGGCUUCCUUUGAAAAGCCGUGGCAGGAAACCGGAGGGUCGCGGCGCGACGCGACGCGGCGGCGACUUUCAACGAUGCAGACGCGCGCGAGGAGGUGAACAAGAGCCGCCUCUGCUGAAGUCCAAAGUUUGCUCUCAGGGAGAGAAAGAUGAGGUUUCGGCUGCUCAGGCGGAAUCUGCUCCUGCUGCUGGGAGUCAUCUUCGUGCUCGUGACCCUCCUGUUUUCAACACGUGUGCUGGUCGUCUCUGAAGACGGCGCGAGACCAGACGGCUCCCGGAGCGUGGACAGCGGCGGAAAUCAGGGCACGAAUUCUUGCGAGGUGUUCAACUUCGGCUCUGUGUCGGAGUUGACUCAGUCCGUUUACAGCGCCAACUACAAGCAGUGUGUCCACAAUGCAGAUAGGUUUCCCGGGGAGCCCCGGCUGGUGCUGGUUGUGCAGGUCCACAACAGGCCCGAAUACCUCCAGCUCCUCAUCAGGUCGCUGGAGACAGCUGCUGAGGUGCACAGUUUUCUCCUGAUCUUCAGCCACGACUAUUUUUCGCAGGAAAUCAACACGAUUGUGCAAGGGAUCACUUUCUGCAAGGUGCUGCAGAUUUAUUUCCCCUUCAGCACCCAGCUGUAUCCCAAAGAGUUUCCUGGGCAGGACCCACGGGACUGUCCCCGAGACAUGCCCAAGGACUUGGCUCGGAGAACAGGAUGCCUCAACGCAGACCACCCUGAUUCGUACGGACACUACAGGGAGGCGUUCAUCACGCAAACCAAACACCACUGGUGGUGGAAGCUGCACUUCGUUUGGGAGCGAGUGCAGGCGAUGCAAGGCUACAGCGGCUUUGUCGUCUUCCUCGAGGAAGACAACUACAUCUUGCCAGACUUUUUCCACUUUUAUAAAUUAAUGAUUGAGUUUAGGAAGACAAGUUGCGCAGACUGCGACAUGCUGGCUUUGGGCAACCACAACGGCGUGACAGAUUUCACCAGCAUGUCCGGUAAGGUGUUGACCUCAGGAUGGAUGUCGACGAAACACAACAUAGGCAUGGGCAUAUCUAGGGAGGUUUACUACAAGCUGAUGGGCUGCAGCAAUGAGUACUGCACCUACGAUGAUUACAACUGGGACUGGACUCUGCAGCAUCUGUCCGGAACCUGCAUAUCAAAGCCCCUCAAGGUGCUGGUUGCGCAAGGCUCUAGGGUCCUACACACUGGAGACUGCGGACUCCACCAGAAGGUCAACUGCAGACCAGAACAGGCCUCGCAAAAGAUAAAGGAGAGCCUUCAGAAGGCCAAGGAAGGUCUCUUUCCUCCACACCUUGUCCUUAGUAGGGAGGAGCCAGUGGAGCACAAGGAGCACAUGAAGAACGGAGGCUGGGGAGAUGUCCGAGACCAUGCUCUAUGCAACAAUUAUUCUAAGCGUCUAUGAGCGCCGUCCUUUCAUCAAUAGUCUACAAGUGUGCCAUCUUGAAGAACCUUCCACGCGUAUCUCGGGAUGUGAUGGAUUUUGGGUUCUUCUUCUCUCAACCACCAAAGUCAUCACCUAAUGAUUAUGGGACACCGUGCAAAUUUGCAUGCUGAUCGUAUCUGAACUUGAAUUUUUCAUUUCGCCAAAGUUCCACAAAGUGCCAAAGUCUUUACAUUGUGACUGCAAGCUCAGCCUUUUGCUUUUCUGUCUGCCUCACAAGCCAAAGCAUCCGGAGAUGUGAUUCAAUGUUGGAUUAAACUGUAUCAAGAGGGUACAUUUUAUAUCGAUUGAACUUUUUCUCAAGUGAAAAACCUUCAUAUUCUGUUUAUUUGUAGGUUUCUAGGGAACUUGUUUCGGGAAAAAAUUCUGCUUGUGUAUAGCUGCUUAGGGAAAAUUGUUUAAAAAUGUUUCCAUGUGAUUAUGAUGGUACGAUUGUAAAUGAGGCAAAUGGAAAGAGUUGGUUUCAAAAAAGUGAAUCUACCUUUAUCAAAUUUGAUGAAUUUUGGGGUUUGUUCAUCAGUCGUAGUUUCUUAUUUUGUCACCUAAUACAAUACGUGUCGGGUCGUGUGAACUGUUUUUCUGUACAGGACAAUUGGGGCAUUUUUGUUGUUUUUCUGUUGUAUUGAUCUCGGACCAGGGGACCGGAAAGUACUUUUUUCUUAUGCUCUUAUUUACUUUCUGACAGACCAAAAAGUGACCUUUUGGAACCAGGAUUUUGAUUCUGCAAACAUCAGGAUUGCCUGCAUUGCUGCUUUUCUAUAUUUGCACCUUCUAUGUUCACAUAUUGAUUUUUUUUUUACAUUUUUGUUAAUGAGAACAGAAUGAACUAAAUUAGAAUUUUAUUUAAGGAAAAAAAAUUCUUCUGUUUCAUUAUUUUUCUUUACAUGAUUUUGUUUUUGCCUUCAAUCUGAACAAAAGUGCCUUGUUUGGAAAUUACUUCUUAAAAUGCACUGACUAUUAAAAAACUAAGUACUUACACCUAAGUACUUGACCUUUCUGUUUUUUCCUUUUGGGAUAUUUGUUUGGUUCUGGUUGUUUAUUCAUUCAAAUCUAAAUAUUGAUUUGUGGUUAAAGUGAUUUGAUGGGGGCUUUUUUUCUGACCCUGUUUUGGUGCACCUGAUUUGUAGUGAAUGUGAUUGUGAAAUGAAUUUCUGCUUGUGUUUUUGCUGACAAGAACGUCAAUGUCAACAGUGAAGUUGACAUUGGGAUAGAUAAUGAUGACAAUCCACAGCACAAAUAAUUUCCAUAAAUUUUGUGUGUGAACUUAUUAAUGACUCCUUUAUUUUAAAGGAUGAAUCAAUCUUUUUUUCAUUUUUUUGGGGCGGUCAUUUCUCUUUUCUAUUGAUUUGUUUUGAUCAUCACUUGAAGUAGCUAGACAUUAUUUGUCAGAUGGGGGAAAAAUACUUGUGAAAAAUGAACUUUUGUAAUUUCUUUUAAAAAAUGCUAAUAAAAAGUUUGUAAAGUGA